UACUACCCUCUGCAGUCAGGUAGUAAAACGGGGGUGUGCGAGUGAGUUCGUUCCAACGUUAGGUGAUCAGCUGUGCUGUUUAACGCGAGUUUCCUCGUCGUGCGGUGUUCUGCGUUGAUUUUCAAUCGAUAGAGAUAAAUUGACGGCGUAUCGAGGAAAGAACAGACACAAAUAAGAAUUAACGAAGAAGAGUUACGCGGUGGCGGCGAUAAAUCGGUCGUAUUUUUCGGGCGAAGGGGGGGGUCAAGCAAGUGAGGCAUGACGGGAACAGGUGACAAUAGAGCUUCGCCAUGUUAAAUUUUACGAGAUCGCGAAACGUGCGCCGCUGCUGCUGCUGCUGCUGCUGCUGUUGGUGCUAGUGGAGAGUGAGAGAAUUUAUUUUGUUUUCUCGACUCUCGUGCUACUUUCCUCAGCGGUGAUCCAACUGAAAAUCAUCCAAGCUGGAUAGGUUACCCGAGUAUCUCCGCGAUACCGUGGACUGGUUUAUGGGAAUACGAGGAAAGUGAAGUUGAAAUUGAAUUCGAAGCUGACCCAAACGGACGCUGUCGAAACUCGAAGAAGAAUCUUUAACCGCUCUCUCGAAGAUGGCUCCAGCGACGUCCGACCGCCAGCAACCGGAAGAAGAUUCGACCGAAUCAAUGAGUCCGACACUUCGAUACCUCGAGGAGAAACGCUAAGGCAUGCUCUGAGACGUUUCAUCUCGGAGAUAAAAUAGCUAGAGGAAUCGAUAGAGUAUAUAUCGGAGAAUAAGAGCGAACACCAAGCGAUUGUCGGGGGUCGCGGACGGUGUUCGAUGAGAACCGAACAAGAUUUGGUGCAUACCCAGCGUACGUGAAAAGAUCCUCGGGCACGAGGACGGGGUGCCGAGGAGAUCGUCAUCGACAACGACGAUCACGACGACGACGAUGCUGCGAUCGCCGGCUCGCGUCGUCCUUCAGGAUUCUUCCGCCUCCACGUCCUCGACUCUGUCGGCCCCACCGACGCCGGUUCACCACGGCGCCGCCUCCUCUUCGGCCACCGCCUCUGGAUCCAGCUCCAACGUCUCCUCGCGUCUUUCCCUUCUCGACACCUGCCACAGGAAGAUCAGGUUCUUCGGCGAGCUUGUCGCAAAAGCCCGACGAAAGGAGAAAGAUGCGGGAACCACAGAAGAUCCGAAAUUGUACCUCGAGGAGGCAGCCCUUGAAAGGCAGCUGCCAGAACUGGACCUGAGGAUGUUGGUCGAUUUACCACCAGGUUUGGACUACAACGAGUGGCUGGCCUCUCAUACCCUGGCACUAUUCGAUCACAUCAACCUCGUCUACGGAACGAUAUCCGAAUUUUGCACGAUGACGGGCUGUCCCGACAUGACUGGUCCUGGCUUAAGAACUUAUCUGUGGUUCGAUGAGAAGGGGAAGAAAACGAGAGUGGCAGCGCCACAAUAUAUAGAUUAUGUUAUGACUUUUACACAACGCACCGUUAGUGACGAAACUAUAUUUCCUACGAAGUAUGCAAAUGAAUUUCCUAGCUCGUUUGAAUCGAUAGUGCGUAAGAUCCUGCGGCUACUGUACCACGUGGUGGCACACAUUUACCACUGCCACUUCAGAGAGGUAGCACUCUUGGGGUUGCACGCUCACCUCAAUUGUGUGUUUGCCCACCUCACGCUCCUUAAUCAACGCUUCAACCUGAUCGAUCCGAAGGAAACGGAGAUCUUAGGGGAUUUAGAGGCAGCUCUCUUGGGUGAUUCGACAUCAUCAUCAGCGCCUUCACAGACCUUAGCCAUCCAGGAGACUCCGACCACAACCACCUAGAUCGCGAUGCACAGUAAACAAGAGGUUGCAGUUCCUGAGACUAGGUGACGAUAGGAGUUUUGUUUUCCCUUUUUUUCCUUUUCUCUCUCUCUCUUCCCCCUCUCUCUCUGUAUCUCUGUCUUUCUCUUACCUUUCUAUUUCUCUUUUCCUUUUUUUCUAACUAGAAUACGCGAACGACAAAGUUUUAAGGAUAACGAUUAUACACGCAGGUGGAGCGAGAGCGCAAUUCUGUAAAAACCAGUAGUACCUGUACAUAGCGAAGUGUGAAACAACUACAUGAUGUAAUUAGGUUCCUCCGUUUGUUGUUUGUGAGAUUGUACAUAAUUUAUUAAACAGUAAGAUAUACGAAAGAGACGAAGGAUGAUUAUUGAUUAUUAUUAUUGACAAAGUUAGUUGCUAUGAGGAAUAAUUUGUUCUGUAAAAACUAUUAAAGAAAAGAAAAAAAUAACAAAAAACAACAAAGUGAAUGAAACGAUAAUAAUAUUGUAAAGUUACAAGUAAUACCAAAUAUAUACCUGGUGUUAA